AUGGGCAAAGAUUAUUAUAAAAUAUUAGGUAUUAGCAAAGGUGCCUCUGAUGAUGAAAUAAAAAAAGCUUAUCGAAAACUUGCACUAAAAUAUCAUCCAGAUAAAAAUAAAGAAGCAGGUGCCGAAGAAAAAUUUAAAGAAGUAGCUGAAGCUUAUGAAGUAUUAUCUGAUCCAAAGAAAAAAGAAAUAUACGAUAAAUAUGGUGAAGAAGGUUUAAAAGCAGGUGGUGGCGGUGGUGGUGGUGGUGGUCCUGGUGGUCAACAAUUCUUUUAUUCAAAUGUUGAUCCUCAUCAAACAUUUCGAAUGUUCUUUGGUGGUGCCGAUCCAUUUGCAAUGUUCUUCGGUGGUGAUGCUGGUGAUGAUGAUGAUGGACCAGGUGGUGGAGUUGGUGGAUUUCCUAAUAUGGGAGGUUUUCAUUUUGGUGCUCCACGAACUCAAGCAACAAGAAAAAAAACUCAAGAUCCUCCAAUUGAACAUGAAUUAAAUGUAACACUUGAAGAAAUUGCAUCAGGUGCAACAAAAAAAAUGAAAAUAUCAAGACGAAUUUUAAAUCCUGAUAGUCGUACAACACGUAUAGAAGAUAAAGUAUUAACAAUUGAUAUAAAACCUGGUUGGAAACAAGGAACUAAAAUAACAUUUCCACGUGAAGGUGAUCAAAGUCCAGCAACAAUACCAGCUGAUAUUGUAUUUAUAAUCAAAGAUAAACCUCAUCCAACAUUUCGUCGAGAUGGUAGUGAUAUUAUUUAUACAGCUAAAAUCAGUCUUAAAGAGGCUUUAUGUGGCACGACAAUCAAUGUUCCUACACUUGAACCAAAUCGUGUGCGGAAACUGCAAUUGAAUGAAGUUAUUAAACCAACAACUGAAAAACGACUUGCCGGUGAUGGUCUACCCAAUACAAAACAACCUACAACUCGUGGUGAUAUUGUUGUUAAAUUCGAUAUUAAAUUUCCCGAUACACUUACAAAAGAUCAAAAAGACAUUAUUGCAUCAACAUUACGUUAA